AGGGGGCUGGAGGGCAUCAAGGUGCUCAAUUUCCGGGUUUCCAUCACGAACACAAUGGGUACCUUGGUGAGCAUGUUUGAGAGGGUUUGAAGGUAUAUUCUGGAUGAUUUGCAGAUCGUCGCUGCGUCGUUUCCGGUUCCUGGCCUGUCUUCAGAUUCGUCCACCUUACAGAGCUCCAUCGAGUGUCAACAUGUAUGGAGAUGAUGGCCUUCUCAUCCAAAAAUAUGGCUCUUGGUAUCGCCGAUAUAGGAUGUCCGUCUCUGGAUCCCCAUUUCUAAAUACGCUGCUCCAGACUCGGUAUUCGAACAUCCUCCCGAGACGGCUGAGAUUAAGGGGUCUCAUCUUGAAGGAGAUGAGGCGUCAGAGUCGAGUAACCCGAAAUAUGUCUUCAACGAACAGACUAACUAUGUCCCGAGGAGGACCAUCAUCACGAUCUUUUUGGCAUGUUCUACUGUCGACCUCCUCGCGUUGAUGGACCAGACAACGUUAGCUGCAAGUUUGUCUGUCAUUGGAAAUGCGCUGGGAGCAAGUGACCAGGCUUCUUGGAUAGCGUCGGGAUACUUUGUCACAUCGACGUGUUUCCAGCUUCUCUACGGACGACUAUCGGACAUCUGGUCACGGAAGCUAGUUCUAUUCGUCGGACUAGGCAUCUUCUUCAUAGGCUCACUAGCCGCGUCCCUCGCACAAACCGUGACACAAUUGAUCAUCUUCCGCGCCUUCACAGGCGUCGGCGGUGGUGGAUUGAUGACAGUCGCACAGAUGAUAGUCAGCGAUGUCGUCCCCCUGCGCCAGAGAGGCAAGUACCAAGGUAUCCUAGGUGCAGUGGUCGCGAUAUCUAACGGCAUCGGCCCCGUGAUCGGUGGUGCGCUGUCGUCAAGAUCCCACGAUUCCUGGCGCUGGAUCUUCCGCUUGAAUCUCCCCCUCACAGUCCUAACGACGUUAUGCGUGUUAUUCUUCAUGCCCCUGCGGAAAGUCCAGGGAGACUGGCGCGUGAAGCUAAAAGCCGUUGAUUUCGUGGGUAUCUUCCUCGCGCUCGGGGGCACGGCAGUGCUCCUGUUGGGACUGAACUGGGGCGGUGGUCAGUAUACCUGGGAUUCAGCGCAUGUUAUUGCCACGAUCGUCGUUGGAUGCGCGGUCUCCAUCGCCUUUGUCCUCUGGGAAUGGAAGGGCACUUCGUCCCCAUUAGUCCCGAUGCACAUAUUCAAAGCGAGAAUCGUCAACGGCGCUUCGCUUACCAUGUUCAUCAAUGGGUGGAACUUUCUCGUGCAGGUCUACUAUAUACCCACGUUUUAUCAGUUGGUGUUUGGUUAUUCGACCGUCAAAGCGGGUGCUUUGUUGUUGCCUAUUACACUCAUGCAGACUAUCAGCAGCACCCUUUCAGGCCUAGUCGUGCACUGGGUCGGCAGGUACCGGGAAUGCAUCCUCUUCGGUUGGGUCAUAUGGGCCGUUGGCCUUGGCUUGAUCUCGACCCUCGACCAGUCGUCGGGACUGGGGAAACAGAUCGGAUACGGUAUCCUGACUGGUUUAGGGGUGGGAAAUACCUUGCAACCAGCGCUCAUAGCGAUCCAAGCCGGCGUUGAAAGACGGGAGAUGGCCGUAGUGACGUCGUUUAGGAACUUCGUGAGAAAUCUAGGGGGAACACUCGGUCUCGCCAUAGCAGGAGCAAUCAUAAACAACACCGUAUCUUCCGCCCUCGCGAAUUCCCGCUCCCCUCUACCCAAAUCCGAUAUAAAGCAGAUCCUAACCAGUCCGAACAACUACCUUUCUAAACUUUCCGAGUUUGAAUCCGCACGGAUCCGCUCCCUGUUGGUCCCAGCAUACAGGAAGGGAUUCCGGAUUAUCUUCAUUGUAGGGGCUGCACUUGCUGCGUUUGCGUUCUUUGUAGCAGCCUGGUUGAUGCCGCAGGUUUCCCUGAAACGGGGAGACGAGGAGAAGUUGAAAGAGGAGGGGCGGAAAAGGGUCAAGGGGGAAUUAAAGGAGGAUGUUGAAAAGCGAAGCAUAGCAUAG